CUGGUCUCUGUGGCCUCCUGAGCUACACGAUUUGGGAGAUCCACAGCUAAGACGCCAGGACUCCCUGGAAGCCUAGAAAUGGGACCAUUGACAUUCAUGGAUGUGGCAAUAAAAUUUUCUCUGGAAGAGUGGCAAUUCCUGGACACUGCACAGCAGAAUUUAUAUAGGGAUGUGAUGUUAGAGAACUACAGCAACCUGGUCUUCUUGGGUGUUGAUGUCUCUAAGCCAGAUUUAAUCACCUGUCUGGAGCAAGGAAAAGAGCCCUGGAAUAUGAAGAGACAUAAGAUGGUAGCCAAGCCCCCUGUGAUCUUCCUUGACGUUUACAGUGACAGCCAAAAUCUUCUUCGUGGCAUAUAA